CUGUGGAAAGGGGAACAGUUAUAUUUGUAAUUUGGGUUGUGUGAAAACUUCUUUGGGGCCUCAUCAACAACCACAGAACCACAAGUUGGGUAUCCUGGCAGUGACAGAAGUCUGAGCACAGUGGUCAGCAGGCAGGACGAAUCACACAGACUGCAAACCACAGGGUUUCGCAGGGCGGCGAGCAUCCUUAACCCACAGCCAAGCCACCACUUUUUUUUUUUUUUUUAAUCUUUAACAAUUUGAAUAUUUGUUUUCGCAAAGGUAAAGAAAUCACUUAGUCCCCUGCCUUGAGAAGAGUGUGCAUUUCAGGAGGAAGCAAUGGCUUCGGACAGCAUAUUUGAGUCAUUUCCUUCAUACCCACAGUGCUUCAUGAGAGAUGCCAGCACGAGCCGCCGCUUCACGCCGCCUUCCACCGCGCUGAGCCCGGGCAAGAUGAGCGAGGCGCUGCCGCUGGGCGCCCCGGACGCCGGCGCCGCCCUGGCCGGCAAGCUGAGGAGUGGCGACCGCAGCAUGGUGGAGGUGCUGGCCGACCACCCGGGCGAGCUGGUGCGCACCGACAGCCCCAACUUCCUCUGCUCCGUACUGCCCACGCACUGGCGCUGCAACAAGACCCUGCCCAUCGCUUUCAAGGUGGUGGCUCUGGGUGACGUUCCAGAUGGCACUCUGGUCACUGUGAUGGCCGGCAAUGAUGAAAACUACUCGGCCGAGCUGAGAAAUGCCACCGCGGCUAUGAAGAACCAAGUCGCAAGAUUCAAUGACCUCAGGUUUGUCGGACGGAGUGGAAGAGGGAAAAGCUUCACCCUGACCAUCACUGUCUUCACAAACCCACCACAAGUCGCCACCUACCACAGAGCCAUCAAAAUCACCGUAGAUGGACCCAGGGAACCUCGAAGACACCGGCAGAAGCUAGAUGACCAGGCCAAGCCGGGGAGCUUGUCCUUCUCCGAGCGUCUCAGUGAGCUGGAGCAGCUACGGCGCACAGCCAUGAGGGUCAGCCCGCACCACCCAGCCCCCACACCCAGCCGCUCUUCCGUGAACCACGCCACUGCCUUUAACCCUCAGCCUCAGAGUCAGAUUCAGGAUUCGAGGCAGCUCCAGCCGUCCCCACCGUGGUCCUAUGAUCAGUCCUAUCAGUACCUGGGGUCGAUCGCCUCUCCUUCUGUACACCCAGCAACACCCAUCUCGCCUGGACGGGCCAGCGGCAUGACCACCCUCUCUGCCGAGCUUUCCAGUCGGCUCUCAACCGCGCCGGACCUGACGGCCUUCGGCGACCCACGCCAGUUCUCCGCGCUGCCCUCCAUUUCGGACCCGCGCAUGCACUACCCCGGCGCCUUCACCUACUCGCCCACGCCCGUCACGUCGGGCAUCGGCAUCGGCAUGCCGGCCAUGGGCUCAGCCACGCGCUACCACACGUACCUGCCGCCGCCCUACCCCGGCUCGUCGCAGGCGCAGGGCGGCCCGUUCCAGGCCGGCUCGCCGUCCUACCACCUGUACUAUGGCGCCUCUGCCGGCUCCUACCAGUUCUCCAUGGUGGGCGGCGAGCGCUCCCCGCCGCGCAUCCUGCCACCCUGCACCAACGCUUCCACAGGCUCGGCCCUGCUCAACCCCAGCCUCCCGAACCAGACCGACGGGGUGGAGGCCGAGGGCAGCCACAGCAACUCGCCUACCAACAUGGCGCCCACCGCGCGCCUCGAGGAGGCCGUGUGGCGGCCAUAUUGAGGCGCGUGCUUUCUACGUCGUUGUCAGGGAGCCCGUGGGCUUCCGGGAAAGCGUCCCCGUGUCACUAGGCCGCCGCGCAGUGGCCACGUGACAGCGCCGGGAAGAACCUCCUGCAGAGCCCAGCUUCUGUCCAGCAGAGCCUGCGUGGGCCCAGCGGCGGCCCCGGGUGAGCGCCUUGCUGGGGCCGCCCCAGGACGGGCCUGCAAGCCGCCUGCGCUGCCGAAGCCCAUGCAAUUCGCAAUUUCUGUUGGCCCAUCUCGCAUUUUUCCAACCUGACACAACUUGAGGGUGUCCACGUCGCCACCGCAUGGACACGUUGUAAGGCAAACAGGAAGAUUCCCAGAGGGAAACUGUGAAUGCUUCUGAUUUAGCAAUGCUGUGAAUAAAAGAAAGAGUUUAUACCCUGGACUUUAACUUUUUAACCAAGUUGUUGAUUCCAAAGAGUGUGGAAUUUGUGUUUGGGGGGAGGGUGGGUGCAACUCAUCCUGUUUGAUACCUAAUUCAUAUUUUAAUUUUCCGCACCUUAUGAGUUGCAAAAUGCGUGUUUGCAUUUAGGUGGUUUUUAUUUUAUAUAUAUAUGUGUAUAAAAAACUUGAGCUUGCUUUUUUGCUUUGAUGAUUGGAAAAAAGUCUGAUUCCCUUUUCUGUAAGUUUUUAUUUAACUUUUCUUUUGGACUUUUUUGUAGUUGUUUUUGGAGAAACAGCUACAGCUUUGGGUCAUUUUCAACUACUGUAUUCCCACAAGGAAUUCCUAGAUAUUUAUGUAUCUUGACGUUUAAACAUUUGCUUAUGUGUUGAUACUUUUUUAUUAUUUAAAUGUACUUUUAUUAAGAAAAAAAUAGCAAGUACUACAUUUUUUUCGUUUGGGUAGUAGCCAAAGUUAAAUGUAUCACGUGAAGUUGGCUGGAAAAAAAAAAAAAAAGGAUGGGUAAUGUGAUCACUUGGUUAUCUAGAAUUAUUGUUUACAUUAAACUCCUUUUAAUGUUAAAACAGUUGGUAGCUAAUGCAGCAGUGGUUUUAAUAGACGUUUUAGAAACCGAAGGUCACUCUAAGGAUCAGAAUUACAGAAUUUUCUGCCAAGCUCAACAAAGGGUCUCAUAACUUACUCCCUGUCUUCAGACAGAGGUCAAAUCUAGUCCCAGGGGAUUCAGGUAGGUGCCAGAGAUUGUGGUCAGUGGCCCUUUGGAGAGGAUGUAUCUUCUGCUUAAGGGUUUGCUUACCCUGGUCUCCUAAUAAUUUAGACAUGCUUCAUAACCAAACACAUCCCAAAUAAGAUGUGUGGAGGAGCAGGAUCUACAUGGGAACCAAACGAAUGAACCUAAGGGUUCCUUAACUGUUUAGUUCUAGGGUAAGAAGUAGGUCAUCUAAAUGCAGAGUUCACAUUAUUUUAUCCUGAAGAAAAUAGCUUUCUUUGAUACAGCACAGCACCUACCCUUUGAUGCAGAGCAAAACUUCUGACUGUCCCUCAGGGGACGAGACCAGGUGCCUUUGAGGGAAGGUCCCCAGCUAAGUUUUUAGAGGGUGACGCAGAAGUAGGUCUGGUGAGUCAAUUUCCCUCUUGUGUGCCUUGAUGGAAUCACUUGGCAGAGUACCACCCGUCUUUGCAUUGCUUCCACCCAAGCUGAAACCCUACCCUGUGGGGGGUGUGCACUUAGACCCGUGCACCUGCAUGACAGGAAGAUUUCAUGUCACUGCUGCCCAGAGCUACGAUUCAAGUGUAUCCAACAUGGCUGUAAGUUUUAUGGCACUAUGUUUAUUGGAGGAUAUGGUCAGAAUGCAGUUCAUACAUACUAACUGCUGAUUUUGACGUGUGUGCUCAAAACGAUCUGGUAUUUAACGUACCUCUUAAAUUAGUUGAAGCAAUUUCAGAACAACUGAAAAGUAUUGAAAGCAGGACUUUAGAACAGUGUUUGAUUUUUAUUUUAUAAAUUUAAGGAUUCAAAUUAGAAAGGUCUUUGGCUGCAGGCAGCAAAACAGCUGGACUUAUUUAAAACAACUUGUUUUUGAUUUUUAUAUAUAUAUAUUGACUUUGUUUUACACAGAUGCAGUAGCACUUUGGUGAAAGAAUUAAAGAGUAAAGCAGCUUGUGUGGUCAGGGUCAUUUUUACCUAGAAAGAGCUAAAACAGCUCUUGGAGAAAAGCAGAACAUACUCAUUUUUGUUUUAGACAUAACUUGCCCUCCACAAUUCAGUUUCGUGUUUUAUUCUGUAUUACAUUUUUGCAGCAAAAUUACCAAUUGUCAUAAAAUUUAAAACUUUUUAUGGACCACUAGCACAUUUCCUCCAAAUUGAACUUAGAAUUUUCUUUUCAGUGCAUAUCGCCACAGCUGACUUGAGAAAAUGAAGGAAAACAAUACUUGCCAGUUCAAUUCACAACCAGCCUAAUGCCCCACAAGGGAAUCAGAUGAUCUUUCAUGUUGAGCCUCCACUCCCAAAGCUGUGGAUGGAAGGGCUUGUCACUGUUUUGUAAACCCUCUGGCUUGGCCAUUCAGAGCUUCGCAGGCAGUUCUCAGCAUCAACAGUAUUUAAUGGUUCCAGAAAAAAAAAAAAAAAUUGAAAUUUAGUUGUUUCGAAGAUGGGUCUCACUUGUGUUUUCCCCCUUGAGAAACCGUGUUCAUUGCCUUCAGGUAAAUUAGGGUGUUCUGUUCCUCAGUGAGAUCCUUCAGCCAAUGAUGUAAGAAGGAGACGUGUUCCCCAGCAUGUGUCCAGGAGAAGAGAGUGAAUAAGCCACUUCUACGUCUUAUUCCUGCCUUUCCUUAUGAAUUCAACAUGGGCACAUCUUUCAGUUUUUCUCCCUAAGAACCUAUCUCUUCCUCCCUCCCUCUCCUGAACCCCACCUUUUCUCUCCUGCCUUCUUAAGGAGCCCCCACAACCAAUCCAAAUGUCCAGAACACAAGGAGCGUCAGUUCCACUCAGUUCACAGAAGGGAACAUGGUGAGUCAGCCUUUUUCCUCUUCAUGGGUUUCUUCCAGCACAACAGUGGCUUUGCCAACCAUUUUGGGUCUGCUUGCUGUCCAAGUGCAGCAACAAAAACCUUCCCGGGCAAAUUACCAUCAGUGAGUAAAUAGACAGCCUUUCUGCUGCCUAAGGUCUCUUUGCAGAUAAACAGAAAUACUCUGAUUAGAAAGGAAAUGAAUGGUUUCACUCAAAUGUCCUGCAAUUUAGUAUUGCAGAUUUCUGUCUUGAAAUAUCUGUUUUCUUGGGACAUUCCGUCCUGGUGAUUUUUGCUGUUGGUAGUUUUUGGUUUUGUUUUUUUUUUGGGGGGGGGGCGGGGAUGACUUACGUUUGGAGUCUUUUAUACGUGAAAAAUCAGUUUAACAGUAAUCUCAAAACAUUUUUUAACAUCUGAACAAAAUACAUUUUUGUUUACGUACAGUAUACAGUUGUUUUGGCUUUUUUUGGUUGGUUGGUUUGGGAUUUUUCCCCUCCCUUUAGCCAGAUCAGUCUUGAUGAGGCUGAUCAUUUGGCAUUUGUUUUGUUUUGUUUUUCUUUUCCUUCCAGAAGACUUGCAUCAACAGAGUUAAUUGUAUUUAUGUAUGUAAAUAGAUUUUAAGCUUCAUUAUAAAAUAUUGUUAAUGCCUGUAACAACUUUUUUCAUUUUUUGUGUUUCUAAAGACUUUUUCUUAAGUUUGCUAAAUACUGUAGAAAAAAACUGCUUCUUUCUACUUUGUUUAUUUUAGACUUAAAAACGAGCUACUUUUUAUUCACUUUUGUAAACAGCUAAUAGCAUGGUUCCAAUUUAAAAAAAAAAACUGUUCACUUUUUGUUCUAGGGGAAAUGAAUGUGCAAAAAAACAAACACAAAAACAACGAAACUGUGUUAUUUGUGUUAUUCUGGAUAUAUAAAAAUCAUGGAAAAAAUAAACUUCCAAAUCGAAAUGACAGUAUACUAAAUCUAUUGAAAAAACACAACAGGAGACGUUGUCCUACUUGAUCAGCCCCCCCCCACCCCGUGUCUGUGUACCAAUGAUUGGGUCUGUUCCCAAAAUAUCCUGGAAAUUUAUGCACAGGAUUCUUUCUCCCUGGUACUGACAUAUUGAACAUCUCCUGAAGGGGAACUGUCAAGUGCUGGGGUUUUAAAUUAUCCCAGAGCCCCCUUUCCAAGGUGUCUCUAGAUAUCACGAGCGAGCAGGCUCGCUGUUGUAGGUAAGUCCGUUAUCCAUUGUCCACAGUAGGCGGUGGGGUGGGCCACUUCGCUCUGCUGGAGGGGUCCCCAUGCCUGCCUGUGCACUGCAGCUGAUCUGCUGCCUGGAAGCCAUUGGAGCCUUACUUUCUUCAUAUCGUGGUUUCUUCGUAAGCCCAAUAUUAUAACUAGCAUUAAUGACAAACACAUUGAUAAAUGCCUGUACCAUAUCAAAUUGGUUUCAUGUUUCUCAGGGUGCCCUGCUGGCACAGUGGUUAAGCGUUAAGGCUGCUAACCAAAAAGUCAUCAGUUCGAAUUCACCAGCUGCUUCUUGGAAACCGUAUGGGGCAGUUCUACUCUGUCCCAUAGGGUCACUAUGAGUUGGAAUCUAUUCAGUGGCAAUGGGUUUGGUUUUUUGGUUUUCUCUGGAAUAUAGGGCCGAGAAGCCAAACGAUGGCUGCUAUGAAAACACCUUCAACAAAUGGGUUCCUCUGGCGCCCCCAGGCUUCCAGCUGAAGUCUGUGCCCCCUCCUCUGUCUUCCUCUUGAGGAAGUGUACCUGGGCUUCUGAAGACGGGUCGGCCUAGGUAAGGCCCAGGCCGGCAGUGUUGCUUCUUUGGAUGUGAAGAAGCACUGAAGCAUGUUUAAAGGUUGUUAAAAAAAAGAAAGAAAAGAAUUGCUUAGCAUUUGCUAACAAAGUGGAAAGGGUGUAUGCUCACUCUGAGGUCAGUCCCCCUCGUCAGCCUCCAUUUCCGUAAAUCACAGGAGCCAGGCUGGAUAGUGGGUAGGAAUUUUUUAAAAGAGGUGUUCCCUCGUCACCACCUCCCUGCGAAGUACUCUUAGUAUUUCAGCCUCAAGACUCCAACCGUCUAAAGCUUGUGCCACAGAAAACGUCAAGAACCAAAGCAAGUAGGGUCAACAAGAAAGGUUCUGUCUUAGUCAUCCACAGCUGCUGUACCAGAAAUACCACAGGUGGAUGGCUUUAACAAACAGGUUAUUUCCUCACAGUAAAGUAGGCUAAAAGUCCAAAUUCAGGGUGUCAGCUCCAGGGGAAAGGCUUUCUCUCUCUUGUCAGCCUUCUCAUCAAUCUCUCCCCAGACUCGGCGCUUCUGUGUGCAGGAACCAUGGGUCCAAAGGACGCACUCUGCUCCCUGCACUGCUUUCUUGGUGGUUUGAGGUCCCCAGCUCUCUGCUCAAAUCCCUUUCCUUUUAUCUCUUUAAGAGAUAAAAGAUUUUUCAGGCCACACCCCAGGGAUACUCAGGGAUGUGACCUGGUUAAGGAUGUUACAAUCCCACCCUAAUACUCUUUAACAUAAAAUACAAUCACAGAACGGAGGACAACCACACAAUAUUGGGAAUCGUGGCCCAGCCAAAUUGAUACACACAUUUUUGGGGGGACAUAAUUCAAUCCAUGACAGGAUCUAGCCCAGGAAGCAAUGGCAAAUGCGUGGAGGCAGGAAACAGGCGUUAGGAUCAGGUUAUCUAUAUUCAGAAAGGUGGUAUAGUGGGGCCGUUAAAAGCACGGACUUGGGAAUCAGACUGCCUAGGAUUGAAUCCCAGUUCUGUCUCACACUAGUGAGUAAAGUAAACAUCCUGGCUUUGUUUUCCCCAAGUUUAAAAUAAAGAUAAUAAUGCUUUACGUUAUGAAAUGUAAAUGAGUUAAUACAUGUAAAACAUUUUAAAAAGCCCUUAGCACGUAAUACAUGCCAAUAAAUGCUAAAUGCACGCACGUACACACCACUCAUUAUUAGAAAUAUAAGCAGUGUCAAAAUGCUUGUCUUCUGCUUCCCCAAUUCAUGCCUUACGGUUACUGGUAACUGCUUCUUGUUCCUCAUUCCAAGUUUCCUCUGUGCCCGUAAUAUUCACAACAUAUUACGCAACCCACCCAAAAAGCAUCAUGCGAUACCUACCAUUGUGCAUAUUUUCACCUAAUGUGCAGUGUGCGUUUUUCCUAUCAGCAUACGGAGAUUUGGAGUCCAAGUGGUAUGAAUGGUUAACACCCUCAGCUACUAACUGAAAGGUUGGAGGUUUGAGUCUUCCUAGAGGCACCUCGGAAGAAAAGCCUGGCAAUCUACUUCCAAAAAAUUAGCCGCUGAAAGCCUUAUGGAUCACAGUUCUACUCUGACACACAUGGGGUUGCCGUGAGUCAAAACUGACUCAGUGGCAACUGGCACACUGAGAUCUACUUCAUUGUCUGAAUGACCACAGAGCAUAAAUUUAUUAGUUGUAUUAAUUGGUCUACCUCUUUCCCUACUGAUGGACAUCUAGGUUGUCCUCAACUUCUUGCUAUCACAAGUCUCUACAUGUAUCUUUGUGCCCUUAUGCUAGAAUUUCUACAUAUUUAAAGGAGACAGCUGGUUGAAAAUGAUUUUAAAUAUUGACAGAUACCACAGAUUGUCCUUUAAAGGGUUGUGGUACAUUAGGUUGCUACGGGCACGAAUGUGGAUCGUUUCUGUGGUAAUGAUGGGGCUACCAGUAUUGCUCAGUUAGGGCCCUGGGGGUGAAGGAAAGGAAGCAGGAGGCCUUGGCCACGUGUCCUGUGGGAUACAAAGGCCAGGUGGCCACUGGAGUGAAGGGCUGUCUCUGCCCCAGAGAGGACAAGCAUCUUCUGCCCUGGCUAUGGUGCAGAAGUCCCUGGUCUCCUUCCUUCUAGGUGGAGAACCCAGAGGUUCAGAACACUCAAGAAGCUGCUUUAUGGUGCCCAGUCACUUUAGGCCCACUGAUUACUUUGGAAAAAAGGCUCAAGCUUCCUCUCACCCCCAGAUGACACUAAUAGUUCUCACCAAAGUGCCCAAGUGUGGAUCAGGUCAGGAUGCCAUGGAGUCACUACCAUCUUUGUUAUGGUCUGGGAUCACUGGCUGAGCUUUAGCUUAUGACUUCACAAAAUUCCCCACAUAUUUGUCCAAAAUGAGCAUAUCCUGUGUUUCUGAUAGGAUCCUAGAUACUUGCAUCCAAAGGGAACUCAAAGGUGAGAGAAUGCACCCUUCUGUCUGGUGCCUGGAGUCCCUCAGUGGUGCAAAUGGUUAAGCACUCAGCUGCUAACCAAAAGGUGGAAGUUUUGAGUCCACCCAGAGGCACCUCAGAAGAAAGACCUGGAAACCCUAUGGAGCAUAGUUCUAUUCAAACACACAUGGGGUCGCCAUGAGUCGGGGUCAACUUGACAGAGACUGUUUUUGUUUUUUAAUCUAGCGUAUAAAUACAUUUUCCCCCAGCCUGGGAGUUUCUCCAAGGGCAGCUUCACCCCCUUCUUGAAUGAUAGACUGCAACUCAGCUCCUCUGCUCGUUUGUUUAAAGGAGCGGGGAGGGAGGGAGUGCACUCGCAGCCCCCUCAGGGGGGACAUGACUUGUGUGCCAAAUUUUAAUAUUGGUAAUUAGAUUUUACCUACCUCAAAUUCUCCCUGUAGUUUCAACUUCAUUAGUGCUGUUGUAAGAAUUAGUUAAUGUUUUUAAUGUGUUUUGAAGAUGAAAAUCUUGCAUACGUACAAAGUACGCGUAUUUAUAUUACAAAGAAUUGCAUGCAGCCACUUUCUUCUCCCACUUUGGUGGUUAUGUAAGGGUUUCUUUCUGCAGGCAACCGAAAGCUACAGUGUCUCUCUGGCAAGAUGGCUACCUCUCCUCAAAAGUUUAUCCUUAUAGCUGUUCACUGAUUGAUUCGUUUGUUUAUCCAGUAUUCGCUGAGUGCGUGCCCUAUGCCAGGUACCAUGAUGAGCUCGGGGGAGUUGAGCUGCUAGCAAUCCAGAGACUCAGGCAGAUGGGAAGGGCAGGCUGUAUGGACCCCAGUCUUCAAUGGGCCCCACACUUGGUUUAUCGUUUUCCUGCCACCAUCUUAAAUUUGUUUAUUUAUUCAUACUUGUAAAUAUACAAAUAACAAAACAUUUGCCAUUUCGACAGUCUUCACAGGUAUGUUCAGUUACAUUAAUUACAUCUGUCACGUGGUUCGACCAUUGCCCUUAUCCAUUCCCAAAUAUUUCCAUCACCCUGAACACAGCCUCAACGUCCCCUAACCUAGUGACUUUUUUUUAACUAGGGGCCCUGAGUUUUCAUUUCACACAAGCCUUCAGAUCAUGUAGAUGGUCUUCCAGGCAGGUAAACAGACCACCAAGUAGCAUGGUAUGAAAAACCCAAAAGAAGGACGAAUGAAACUCAGUCUGAAGGAAUUGGGAAGACUUUAAUAAACUGGUGAGAUUUGCUUUCUAAGGACAGGUAAGAGCUGUCAGGCCAAGAAAGGAGAAGUGCAAUCUGGAUAGAAGUAGAAAAUGAACCAGCAACACUCAUUGUUUCCCAGGCGCCAUGGGAAGUGAAUAAGGGCGACAUUGGGAUUGAUGCUAUUUGCAUAUGUGCAUGGGGGAAAAGUAGGAAAAUGUGAGGGAUGCAAAUUAAGAAACACUGGACCCAAUCAAGCUGAGCAUAAUUUUACGAGUAAGGAAUAAAGAGAGUUCUUAGAAUUAUAGGUCUCCAACAUUCUGUGUACACACGUACAUAUGCAAACACUUGCACAAGGUUAGGCCAACAGCUUAGAGCAACAGGCUGACAAGGCCAAGGGCAUCUGAAGCAUGUUGGGACAAGAUGUAAUUGGGGUGAAAUCCUAGGUUCAAAUCCCUGUAAAAGCCCACUGCUGUUGUUGUGUGCCAUCGAGUUCAUUUUGACUCAGAGCGACCCCAUGUGUGCAACGUAGAACUGCUCUAUAAGGUUUACUAGGCCAUAAUCUUUACAGAAGCAGAUAGCCAGGUCUUUCCUCAAAGGGUCUCUGGGUGAGUUCAAACUGCCAACCUUUCGGUUAGUAGCCAAGCACUCAACCAUUGCACCACCAAUGAAAACCAAACCAAACUUGUUGUCAUCAAGUUGAUUCUAACUCAUAGCGACCCUAUAGGACAGAGUAGAGCUGUCCCAUAGGGUUUCCAAAGUUGUAAUCUUUAGGGGACCAGAUUGCCACUGAAGCCUUAAUCUCAAUCAUACCCUGAGGCUGUUUUCCAGCCCAGGCAGCUGUCUCUCUACCAUAAUCCAAAACAGCAAGUGGAAGCCCCCACCCCAUAGAUGGUAGACACUGACUCAGUAUCCCUGUACCACCCAUCAUUGUGCCCAAAGAGAGAAGGACUAAGUUACAGACACAGGACAGUCCAGAUUUUCUCCUAGAAGGUAGUGGACUGUUGUGCAGUCCUGCGUCCCCUCCUGGCUCAGAUGGCCUCCUGUUGACGCAGUAUCUCGUUUCUGCCCUUGUCCACCUGCAUGAGACAGGAACAGAGCUUGGCCACGGAGCUGACACAAGUGUUGGCGCAUCAGGUUCAUCACCUUUUUUCAUUUCCCAAAGAAAGGUCCCAUGGGAAGGAGCAUGAUCUCAAAACUCGUUCUCAAGUGUCCAAGGUGGAUUACCCACCUGGCGACUCAUCAGACUCUGAUGCUGUUUGUCUUUUGUCUUUGUCCCCAGCACCUCUGCUAUAUCAGUCAGGGCGCAUUCGGAGAGUAUAAGUUAAACACCACGUUAGUGAGGGCAAAAUAUUAGUAGUGGGGUAAACUCGCUGAGAGGGAAAUAAAAGAGAUCAUAAAAUGCAUUUGAGAGAGAAAACAGAAUUAUUCCGGAAUUGUGGGUCAUCGCCUCUCAGUGCAAAUCCACCCUCACUGAGCGUGUUCUCUUGAGCUGUCGUUGUAAGGCUUCACCAUGAAGUCCCUCACAUCCCUAACUUUUGAUCUGCAGAGACCACUAGGCAUGGGAGUAAGAGAAUGAGUCUUGCCUGACACCAAGUGGAAACUCCACACAGGCUUGCUAGGGUUCUUUGGACAAAUUUUCUUUUUCUUGGUUUCCCAAUCCGUAAAUUGUGGUGAUAGGUGUAUUGUGAUAAUGGCAUGCAUUAAUCCUGGUGAGGUUCUUUGACCAGUGCCUGUCACAUUGGAAAUGCUCUAAAAAUGUAAGCUAUCAUUCUCCAUCUGGGGUUGUAUCUUUAUCUGUCAGGGUUGUAUCCUUUCACCACACCUAUUCAACAUGUAUGCUGAGCAAAUUAUCCGAGAAGCUGGACUAUAUGAAGAAGAACGGGACAUUAGGAUUGGAGGAAGACUCAUUAACAACCUGCGUUAUGCAGAUGACACAACCUUACUUGCUGAAAGUGAACAGGACUUGAAGCACUUACUGAUGAAGAUCAAAGACCACAGCCUUCAGUAUGGAUUGCACCUCAACAUAAAGAAAACAAAAAUCCUCACAACUGGACCAAUAAGCAACAUCACAAUAAACAUGGAAAAGACUGAA